UCGGGGCCUCCCCGGGCGGGUCGGGCCGGGCUGGGCCGGGCCUGGCGCUCCCCGGGCGCUCCCGGGGGCCGGAGAGGGCAGUCUCCGAGCCGGGCAGGGCCGUCCUGCCAUCGCGGGCAGCGCUGUGGAUGGAAGAGUUCAAGGUUUCUGGUUUACGUAACAGCAGAGGCUGAAUAGGCAUGAAGGAGACUAUAGUGGGAAUGAGAAGUGUCAAAAGAGAAGAAAUGAGUCCUACAAAUGAUGAUACAGUGUUUGGGACCAUUUUUGACUGGGACUAUCUCUUAUGGGAAGUUCGUUUGACAAUUAUAGCUGCUGGUUUUUUAAUCUACUUGGGAGUAUUUCUUCUGUCUCACUGGUUGUCUUCAUGGACAAGUACCACUUACCGUGCCUUGUAUGCAAAGGAGAAGGUGUUUUGGAAUAUGGCAGUCACACGUGGUGUGUUUGGACUUCAGAGCUGUGUUGCUGGGUUAUGGGCUUUGCUCAUAGAUCCCGUUUUUCAUGCUGACAAAGUGUAUUCACAGCAAAAGUGGAGUUGGUUUAACUGUUUAAUAGCUGCUGGAUUUUUUUUGCUUGAAAAUGUAGCAGUCCAUGUGUCCAACGUUGUUUUUAGAACAUUUGAUGUGUUCUUGGUAGUUCAUCAUUUGCUUGCUUUUGGUGGCUUGGCUGGUCUGGUAAUUAAUGUGAAAUCUGGACAUUAUCUGCCUUUGAUGGGAAUGUUGCUGGAGAUGAGUACUCCCGCAACGUGUAUCUCCUGGAUGCUUCUGAAGGCUGGCUGUGCUAACACCUUUUUCUGGAAGGCAAACCAGUGGGUGAUGAUCCACCUGUUUCACUGCCGCAUGAUUCUUACUUACCACAUGUGGUGGGUGUGUAUUUUCAAUUGGAAUUCUGUGGUAGAAAACCUGGGACUUCUUCACUUCAUUGUUUUAUUCUCGGGAUUAUUUGCUGUUACAAUAAUACUUAACCCAUAUUGGACAUACAAAAAAACUCAGCAACUCCUCAGCCCAACGGACUGGAACUUUGAAAAUAAAGCAAUGGAAAAUGGAAAAUUAAAUGGUGAAACACAACAAAAGAAGAGGAUAUAACACUGAAGCAGCAGUUUCCUAGUGGGGUAACACAAAAGUACAAUGCGAUGUAAUUCCUUGCAUGUGAACUAGAAACUUUUUCAAGAAGCUCAUUGACACAGUGAUUCGUUGCUGGUAGCAUUCUGUAUGCAUCAGAAAUGUUGAAAAGCAUUGUUUGUGUUUCAUACGUGCAUACACAUUAGAACUUCACCCUGUUAGUUAUGAAUUACGCCAACAAUUUUGUCAAAUUGGGCAGUAUUUCAUAAUUUAGUAGUGACAUGCUCCCUAAUGGCAGCCUUUGUCCUGAUGCUUCAAAGUGACUUCACAGUUGUCUAUUAAGCUCAGCUUGAAUCAAGUUUAGCUUGAACUUUAUUUCACAUGUGGCAGAGAUGCUGAUACUGGAAAUUAUGUUGUUUAUUAAGAUCAAUUAUGACCCAAGUUAGGUAUGCAUAGAUACCUAAUUCCUGUGUGCCAGUGAAUCAUUCCAAGUGGCUGAGCUGGUCAGGGGAAGAAUGCAGUCAUAGCUUAGGUUUCAGUUUUGUUGUUCGUUGGUUUGUGGGUUUUUGUUUGGUUGGGGUUUUUUUGUUUGUUUUUUUGUUUGUUUUUGUUUUAUUUUAUUUUAUUUUUUUUAUUUCAAGUUCACUUGAGGAACAGGAAGAUAAUUGUUUGAGUGUUCACUGUCAAAGUGAGUUGUAAUUCCAGGUUGCCCUCAGUAUAGGAGGAGUUUGUAUCCACCAAAACCAUGCAUGUGGGGAUGCACACAUUUGUUGUAUGUGUAGACUAGCUAGAUAAUCAUAGUAAUCCCUUCUGGAAUUGAAAUCAAUGAAAUACAAUUGGCAACAACAGGAUGUGACUCUGCUUCGUCCUUCAAGACUGCUGCUUGAUUAGUAAAAUUAUUUUAUUUGUAGACCCCACUAGUUCCAUUAAUGCUGCUGUUUUGGUUCCUCUUAUUUUUGGAAAUGCACUUAGUUUUAGAGGAUUUUAGAAUCUGAGAUGGCUCCUCUGUGGAGGAAAGCCCGGGUCACCUCCUGUAGAGUUCAGUUGUUUUUUUAGUGUUCUGAUUUACCUUUGAAGAGCAUACAAAAUGACACUAACAAUCUUUUGUACUUUAUCUGUCACAUCACAAAAAGCUGUCCUUGACUUGAGUAAUUGGGUUCCUUUUUAGAUAGGGACUAAUGGCAAUGGAUGUUCUCCCACUUAAAAUAUUGGUCUGAUGAUUCCUGGGUUAAAUGUUGGGAAGUGGAUUAAGGGAUAAAGAUCAUGAUAGAAGAGAGUGACGCCUAGUGGCAGGAGAAUGACAAAGAUACUACUUUUGGUGCACAGAACUAGUAAGAUAAAAAGCCUCUUAAUUGGAACUGUGUGUGAUACGACUGCUACACAGAUUUAUUUUGCAAGGCAUAAGACUGGGCAAGUGCAAGCUGUGAAGAAUUUUAGGUCAAGCCAUGGGUUAGAGACUUAGUGUACUGAUCUGUGGUGGAGCAUAUUGUUUUAAAAGUGUAAGGAAAGCACUCUUUGAUGUAAACAGUCCCAUUUUAUUAAGUUUUAGUGGCAGUGUCUUUGAUUUUGUUCUAAGUGAAAGGAGGAAACUAGUGGUCAGGUUGUUGUGUUCCCUGAUUCACUCUGUGUGAGCACAGAAUUGAAUUGCUGCUCUAUGAGGGAGAGGAAACAUGUUUCUGUUAGGUCACAAAUGUAUGGCCAGAUCCUGUUGAUAAUGAUGAAGUGGUGAAUAUCUGAAACUGCCCAUUCAAAACUAUGCUGAGAGGGUGACCCUCAGUAGAGAGGGCCAGUUGUUUUAUACAGCAACUCUGUCUGUUAUUCUGCUUAUACUCAACAGAGAACUUGGAGCUGUCUUCUUACUCCUAAACUGGGCAAAAUGAGGUUGUCAAAACACUGCAAUGUCACCUGUCUGGGCACCAUUCUAUAGUAAAAAGAGUUCUCUAAAGCUUGAAAUGAUAUGCCUCUCCUGAGGAUUUGUGUGGGGGAGAGUACUGUUAAAAGUACUUUGGAAGAAAGGAGAGAGAUGAAUUCCUUGGAAAUGGAACUGAAAAAUGUGAUCUGAAUGCAUAUGUAGCAGAAACCAAACCUCACUUCCAGGAGUUCCAGGGAGAAAGGUAGAGGGUAAGUCACCAGUGACCAGAUAUGGAAAUGACGGUGUCCUCUAUGAAGCUUAACAUUUGAAGGUUUGGAUUCAAUAAAACAAGGUAAUAAUUGUAAAAGUCCCAACUACAGGAUUCUGAAGAAUCCUAACAGAAAAUGGAAGCAUCAGAAGUAGUUUGGGCCAGGUGUGUAAUUCUUAUAGUGGCUAGCUAAAGGAGGGGAAGUUCUAUGUGCUAAAAUAAAAAAAUAUGGAGAGUGGGAGUUAGUAGUGAAUUUGUGACUGAAAAAAGGAGACAGAUGGAAAUUUAUGCCAUGGUACCUGAUGUCUAAAGUUUAAUAUUUUGUAUUAUUAAUUUGUUUAAUUUUAUUAAGUGGCUUUUACAUAUUUCAUUAAAAUUAUGUUUUUAUCAUCAUAAUGCAGUCUUUUUAGUUUGCAUCUUAGUGUGAGUUUUUUCAUGCAAAGAGUGUUAUGGAAUAUCUUAAAUCUUUUGCAUGUCUUAACUGUAUAAUGAAUAAUACCUUGGAACACCUGUUAACCUAAACACUGGUAGACCUUCUAGAACAAGAAAGCUAUGCACUAAAAGAAGUAACAGCACUCAUUUGUGUUGGUUUGGUGGGAUUUUACAGGCCAGCUAGAAAUACAACAUGACAAAAAUAGACAACCUUUCUUCUUCAUCUUGAUGUCUUAGAGUUGGAGUUACCAGUUGUGUUACACAGAGCCUCUUUUUUUAUACUACAAUAUAAAAAGACCUUUUACAAAGGCAUGUAGGGAUUGGACAAGGGUGAGGGCUUUAAACUGAAAGAGGGAAGAUUUAGAUUAGAUAUUAAUAUGAAAUUCCUCAUUAUGAGGGUGGUGAGGCACUGGAACAGUUUGUCCAGAGAAGCUGUGGAUGCUCUGUCCCUGGAGGUGUGUUCAAGGCCAGGUUGGAUGGGGCUUUGAGCAACCUAGUCUAGUGGGUGUUAUCUGCCCAUGGCAAAGGAGUUGAAACUAGAUGAUCUUGAAGGUGCCUUUCACCUCAAAUAAUUUUGUGAUUCUUCACUGCCUUUUGGCUGCUUCCUUCAGGAGGAUUUUCUGGUUUAUUAUUGUGAAUGACUGUCUUAUUGCUCUGAAACAAGCCUGAAAAAGUUCUCAAACUGAGGGUUUUGGUGUCUAAUUACUCUUACAACUAAGUACUGCUUUUCAACCCAAGGGUAGACUAGCCAUAGCUUGCUUGUAAAUUUUGUUGAUGUGAAACUAAUCCCAGUCCCCUUGGGCCUCUUACAUGGCCUCAUCCACAAUCCCAUGUAGAAAAAUUCACAGUCAGCUUUAGUAGUGGCUGGAUCAGGUCACAAGGUUUGCUGCUGUGGAUUUGGAAAACUCUUGCAUAAUAUGAUUUUGGAUGAAUUUUUUGUUUGCCAAGGUGACUGUUGGGGACUUGGUUCUGCUUUCUUGUUGAACAAGCUUAUUUGAAGGAGUGCUGUUUGGAGCUUUUUUUUCUAAAAAAACACGACAACCCAAACCAACAAACUGUGGUGGGGGUGGGGGCGUUCGGUUGUUUGGUUUGGGGUUUUUUUAAAGAAAAAUGUCUGAUCUAAGACACCUUGACCAGGCAUGUGGUUCUUACUGUCUUCAAACAACAUUCCUAAAUCACAGUUUGUGUUUUCCUCCGUUUGUGUCCUGUCAUGUUUUUUUCCAAAACUUGUCAUCAUUUCCCCCCAGCCCCCCAAUUUUUCUAUAAUAUUUACUUGCAGCCCUCACAUUACCAUGGCAAUAUUUUUGUCCAGUAGUUUUCAGCAUUUCCUGUCAGGCCCAUCUUUCACUAAAUAACCAUGUCCAAAUCUUUCAGUUUUUUUGCGUUUUCCUGAACACAUUGAUUAAAUAUUGAUGUGAUGUACAGUUAUAAGAAACCUUUUUUAACCUCAGGGAGACUUACACUUAAAAUGAAUUUAGAAGUAUUAACCAAACUCAAGUCUGCUCUUAUACAGUGUAACAUUUGCUGAAUGGUACAGCAUCUUUAUGCUGUGUACAUAAAUAAAAGUAUUUUAUUGAA